UCAACCAUUGAAGCUUUUCCUUCCUUAUCUAUUACCUUCUCAAAGGGAAGCACAACAUCUUACCAUUUUUUUUUUCUUUGUCACUCUCACUCACCUAUGGCUUCCCUCACUGUAACUAACCACUCUCUUCCCACCUUGCUCCACUCUCAGAAUCCCAACUACCAAUCUUCUCAAAAACUUCAAUUUCUCCCCACACCUUCAAAUUCUCAAUUUUGUGGCCUCAAGUUGUCUCAUUCUUCCUUUUUCUCAAUCCCAUCUUCUUCUUCUUCUCCCAAAGUUUCCAUUUUUGCCAAGGUGGGUAAAGGUUCAAAGCCACCACCUUUCACGCUGAAAGAUCAGGAUGGAAAGAGUGUGAGCCUCACCAAAUUCAAAGGAAAACCAGUGGUUGUCUAUUUCUACCCUGCUGAUGAGACCCCUGGCUGUACCAAACAGGCUUGCGCUUUCAGGGAUUCUUAUGAGAAGUUCAAGAAAGCAGGAGCGGAGGUUGUUGGGAUCAGUGGUGAUGGUUCUUCGUCCCACAAGGCCUUUGCCAAGAAGUACAAACUUCCAUUUACAUUGUUGAGUGAUGAGGGUAACAAGGUGAGAAAAGAGUGGGGAGUGCCAGGUGAUUUCUUUGGAGCAUUGCCUGGGAGAGAAACUUAUGUUGUUGACAAAAAUGGGGUGGUUCAGCUCGUAUACAACAAUCAGUUCCAACCAGAAAAGCAUAUUGAUGAGACCUUGAAAUUACUUCAGAGCCUUUGAGGCUUCUGAUUCUUUUGUUUUUUUAUCUCCCUUGGCCUGAUUCAGAGUCAGACAAUUAUGUAACUAUGAAUUGUAACCAAUGUAAUUACGUAGCUGAUUUUGUACCCUUUGAUCA